AUGCACACGGUAGAACUUAUCAAGAAAAGCGACGGAGAAGAUUCGUAUAGACGGCGACUGACCCGACAAGUUUCUAUGCACACUCUAAAUGGCUUCAACGAACUCCGCCUGAACGUCAAACUCUGCGACGCGUCAUUGAUACUCGAUAACGGUGACACGUUUCCGAUACAUCGAUCAGUGUUGAGUGGUUCAAGCGAUUACUUUAGAAUACUCUUCACCACUACGUUGCACGAAGGAGAUUAUACGAAAAUAAACCUAAAGUCGAUAGAGAGUACUACGAUGGAAUUUAUUUUACAGUACAUUUACAUGAGACAAAUUGAUAUUAACUACGAUAACGUUAUGGAUAUUAUGCGGACAGCUGAUUAUUUAUGCAUAGACGGUUUGGUGCAACUCUGUCAUGAAUUUGUCGUCGAAUGCCUGGCACCUGACAAUUGUGUUACUAUGUUGCAAUUCGCCGACUAUUAUUACUUUGGAGCGUUAACAAAUGCGGCGUACAAAUACAUCAUCAAAGAAUUUAUGACGAUUGCUGAAGAAGGCGACGAGUUGAUGAAACUCCGACAGGAAGAAUUCAAACUAAUAAUCGAAGAUAAUCAACUGAAUGUGAAACGGGAAGAGUUUGUUUGGGACGUGGUAUUGAAAUGGGUGGACAGGGACCCCGAAAAUCGGAAAAAUGAUUUGUUGUUUCUGCUACCAAAAAUCCGUUUUGGUCUUAUGGAUUCCAAAUAUUUCAUUGAAAAUGUCAAGGACCACCGUUACAUACAAAACAGAGACGAUUGUAGGCCUUAUAUAAUCGAGACAUUGAAGUUCAUGUAUGACCUACAGCUGACGUCGAACAUGACCGAUUCCAUAGCACCAACGCUCGCACGUCCCAGAUACCCGUUCGAAGUACUGUUCGCCAUUGGCGGCUGGAGCGGUGGCAGCCCGACCGCGAUUAUUGAAACGUACGACACAAAAUCUGACCGGUGGACGAGGAUAUUCGAAGAGGACACACACGGACCGAGAGCGUACCAUGGUACGAUCGUCAUGGGAUAUUAUAUCUACAUAAUCGGAGGGUUCGACGGGCUGGAAUAUUUCAACUCCUGUAGGAAGUUCAACACGGUCACGAAAAUUUGGGAAGAAGUAGCGCCGAUGAACUGUAAGAGAUGUUAUGUCAGCGUUGUGUUGUUAAACGGCAUUAUUUACGCAAUGGGUGGAUUCGACGGUCACCAUCGGCUUGGCUCUGCGGAAAAAUAUAAUUUCGAACGAAACCAGUGGACAAUGAUAGCACCGAUGACUUCUCAGAGGAGUGACGCCUGUGCAGCCGUGAUGAAUGGCAAAAUAUACAUUACCGGCGGGUUCAACGGACAAGAGUGUAUGAACACGGCCGAGACUUACAAUGUGGAAACCAACGAGUGGACGCUGAUACCGCCCAUGCAGACCAGACGCAGCGGCGUGUCGUGCAUAACGUAUCACAACUGUCUGUACGUGAUCGGCGGCUUUAACGGGCUGGUGCGGAUGAACAGCAGCGAGAAGUUCGACCCGACCACGAACCACUGGUCGCCGGUGGUGGACAUGUGCAAUCCGCGGAGCAAUUUCGCCGUCGAGGUGCUGGACGACAUGAUAUUCGUGGCCGGUGGUUUCAACGGGGUGACCACCAUAGCUCAGGUGGAGUGUUACAACGACCGCACGGACGAAUGGUUUGAGGCGAAAAGUAUGCAAGUGUAUAGAUCGGCACUGUCGGCGUGCGUCAUGAAAAAUUUACCAAAUGUUGAAUAUUACAUGCCUCUAGACCGAGAUAGACUGGAAGAAGGCCGAAAAAACGUUGUGAGGAACAACAGACCAAACAAUAACAAUGACACAGAUCGCGUCGACAACGAAUCCGUCAAUACGGUUGCCACUCAAGUAGACAAUAACCAAGCCGACGAUGACGACAACGUGAUAAUAAUCGACUGA